UAGUAAACCCCUCGCCAUCGCCUUUUUGGUGUCAAAGGGGGUAAUAUUGUAACUAGACCGGCCGAGAGAAGGGGAGAAGCGAUGAUACCGGACCAUAUACAUAACGCAGCCGGCAUUCUGAUGAAAAUACUCUUCUUGCCUUGAUUGUCCGGUAUAUACUCUCUGAUAGCUUUUUUUUUUGGAAAGCAGGAAGUGGGGCGACCGCCAGUCAGGGAGGGCACAAAGAGUGCAGUAGUAGCAAAGAAGUUUGGUUGACUGCAUUUUAACAGCGCCGAGAGCACACACUACCACCUGGUAGUACAUUCAGGACUGAAGGUAACAAUGUAGACAGGUCUUGAGGGUCAGGGCGGCGUGAGCCCUCUUCUGUCUCUUAAAUGGAGACGAAGAAAUCCGAAGUGUCUCAGCACAGGGAUGGCUCUGCGAUUGGAUGAUGUAAUGCGUCUGUGCUGCGAACUAUCGGCUCAUGAUCAGAUCAAGGUGGCAGUAAAAAACUCCACCAAAGGCGCCAUGGUUGCCGGAGGAACGGCCUUUGUGGGCGCGCUACUUGGAGGACCUCCAGGGAUUGCUGUUGGUGGAGCAGUCGGUGGACUCCUGGGCUGCUGGCUGACCAGCGGUCAGUUCAGGCCUCUGCCUCAGAUCCUGAUGGAGUUGCCUCCAACCCAGCGACAGAAGCUCUACGAUCAGGUCGCGGCCAUCUUGAACAACCUGGACUGGACGGACGCGGCGCAGCUCAUUGCCCUUGUGAUGGGCAACGCCACUCUCCAGCAGCAAGUCACCGCCGUGCUGCUGAACUACGUCACGAAGGAGCUCCAAGCAGAGGUUCGCUACAAAGACUGAGUUCUGAGGACUUUUCAGGGGCGUCAGGCCUGCCGAGCACAACCGGAGUCCUCGUCACAUAUUUUUGUACUUGGUUGGGGAAAAAGAAACAGAAUCAUAGAUGUUUCCCUUUGUCUGUGCCAAAUGGAGCAGCUAACAGCAGGAGGGGAUACUGAAUACUACUAGUACAUAUUUAGAGUACUUGUACUCUACUGAAGUAUUUCUAUUUUAUACCACUAUAUACUUUCUACUCCACUACAGUUCAGAUGCAGAUAUUGUACUUUAUUUUACUCUACAUGUAUUUUCAGGUUCCAUUUAAAUCAACUAUUAAAUUAUGAGGAAUCAUUAUGGAUUAAACCACCCAGCCGUGUAUAUAUUAUUUGAAAUUGGCCCCACCUUAAUGCUUCACAAAUUAUAAUCUAGUGGUAUCCUAGAUAUUAUUCUUGAAAUAAAAAUCUUUAAAAGAGUACUUAAGGUAUACUUUAAUGGCAGUACUUCAAUCAUUUUAAGUAAAGGAUGUGAGUACUUCAUCAACCACCGCGGAACAAGAAAGAAGUCACUUUAUAGAAAGCCAUCUGUGUUCCUCAAUGAAUGAGUAGUGACAAAUAUUAAAUGUUUUGUACGAGAGAAUGAUGUCAACAUAUACUUUCCUCUGCUUUUUAAACUCGAUAAGAAAAACAA